CAGAGCCACACACUGUAGAAUUUGAUACUUCUAUUUGAUUCGAAACUUCGUAAUCCAGAGCCACGCACCGACACACGCUCUUUCCUUUCCACUCUAGACAUUUGUCGACCUCUCUGAAACAGCAACUAUGGACCUCCGGCAAUCGAUCAGCAACCAAACCGACGUUUCUUUGAGGAUCGCCAAUCGGUUACUGCUAAGUGAAGAAGGCAAGAAAUCGAACCUGGUGUUCUCGCCGUUGUCGAUCCACGUGGUGCUGAGCCUCAUCGCGGCGGGGUCUAAGGGCCCUACCCUCGACCAGCUGCUAUCCUUCCUCAAGUCCAGAUCCACUGACCAGCUCAAUUCCUUCGCUUCCGAGAUCAUCUCCGUUGUAUUCACCGACGGCAGUCCCAGCGGUGGGCCUCGCUUGUCCUUCGCCAAUGGAGUUUGGCUCGACAAGUCCCUGUCUCUCAAGCCUUCUUUCAAACAGACUGUGGACAAGUUUUUCAAGGCCUCUCUGAAUCAAGUUGAUUUUAAGAACCAGGCCGCCAAAGCAACAGGUGAAGUGAAUUCAUGGGCUGAAAAGGAGACUAAUGGCCUUAUCAAGGAGGUUCUUCCUCCUGGGUCAGUUGAUGGGACAAGCAGACUCAUCUUUGCAAAUGCACUGUACUUCAAAGGAGCUUGGGGUGAGAAGUUCGAUGCAUCAGCAACAAAAGACUAUGAUUUCCAUCUUCCUAAUGGGAGCUCAGUUCAAGUACCCUUCAUGACUAGCAAGAAGAAUCAGGUUGCUAUUGCCUUCGAGGGUUUCAAAGUACUUGGACUUCCUUAUAAGCAAGGUGAGGAUAAGCGCUGCUUUUCCAUGUACUUCUUUCUUCCAGAUGCAAAAGAUGGUCUGCCAUCUCUGGUGGAGAAAGUGAGUUCUGAAUCUAGAUUCUUGGAUCGCCAUCUUCCUAACAAGAAAGUAGAAAUUGGUGACCUCAAGAUCCCUAGGUUUAAGAUAUCUUUUGGGUUUGAAGCUUCUGAUAUUCUGAAAGGAUUAGGAUUGGUGUUGCCCUUCUCUGGCGGAGAUUUGACAGAAAUGGUUGAUUCACCUGUUAGUCAGAAGCUAUAUGUUUCAAGCAUAUUCCAAAAAUCCUUCAUUGAAGUAAAUGAAGAAGGCACAGAAGCUGCAGCUGCUUCUGCCGCUGUUGUGUCGGAAAGAUCCAUAGCCUUUACUGAAAAGAUAGACUUUGUGGCUGACCACCCAUUUUUAUACCUGAUCAGAGAAGACAUGACCGGAACGGUGCUGUUUAUCGGCCAUGUGCUCAAUCCUCUUGAAGGCUGAAUGAACAUGCAUUCUAGUGAAAAUGUGUUUUAAGUAUAUGAAAUCUUACAAUCAUGAGGCCAUCGUAAUUAAUAAUUGUCUUGCUUUUGUUCUGUAUUGUGCUAUUGUAAGAACAGCCCACCGUGGCUUAAAGUGAUUACCUAACAUGUUGACCUUAAAAUUAUCAUCAGCUGUCUUCAGUUUUUUACUUAAAA